AUGUUGAAACGAUCGCCAACGGGGACAUGGAUGCCAGCGUGGGUACCAGGGUCUACCACUACCCUCGCAGUACUGCUUAUGAUAUGCUCCAUGGUGCAGUCAGCUACUGGAGGUUACGACGGUUCGAUGAUGAACGGCCUCAACAUCCUCCCCUCGUAUACCGGCUAUUUCAACCUUAAUGCCGUAACGACAGGUCUAAAUACCGCGUCCGUAUUCAUUGGGAGCUUCUUUGGCACAGCGAUCUCAGGGGUGUUCGCAGAUUGGCUGGGUCGUCGUCCAGCACUCCUAUGGGGUUCUGUUGUCGCUUUGGUAGGCAUCGCUCUUCAGACAGCUGCCCAAGACAUUGCUAUGUUUGUGGUGGCUCGAAUUGUUCUCGGCCUUGGACUCGCGAUCUCAUCGACGGCCGGAGCUGUCUAUCUUUCAGAAACGUUUCCAAGCCGCUGGCGAGCAUGGGGGGUCGGGGUGCUUAAUACUUUUUAUUACGUUGGAGCAUUGAUAGCCGCCGGUAUUACUCUGGGUACUGGCCAAUGGAACUCGACCUGGGCAUGGCGUGCACCGUCAUUGUUCCAGGGCAUCUUCUCUCUAGCCUGUAUUAUAGUGAUACCUUUCAUACCUGAAUCGCCUCGUUGGUUAGUCCACCAGGGCCACCAUGACUUGGCGCGAGAAGUGGUCGCCCAAACGAACUCAAAUGGUAACCAAAGCGAUCCCGUUGCGCUAGCUGUGUACAAAGAAAUCCUUGAUACUCUGAACUGGGAGAAGAAGCAAGGAAGGACGAUGAGCCCGAAAGAGCUCAUCAAAACACCUGCUGCACGAAAGAGAAUGUUGAUUGGGAUGUCGCCGGGGCCAUUUUCUUGUAUCGCAGGCAACAUUAUUGCGUCUUAUUAUCUCGGUUCAGAACUCGACACUGCCGGUGUUACGGACACUGUAGCGCAGUUGAAAGCAAACGUGGUUUUGAAUGCCUGGUGUUUGGUCUGUGCCUUAACAGGCACCCAGCUUGCAGCAAGAUGGGGUCGAAAGCCUACUGCUAUAUUAUCGCAAGUACUGCUGAUUGCAUGUCUUUUCAUCAUUGGAGGGCUAUCAAAGUUGUAUGCAGAUGACCCGGACGGCGCUUCAAGUGCGCUGGUCUAUGGAGACGUGGCUGUUAUGUUUUUGUUUCAGGGGUUCUAUUCAAUUGCCUGGACACCAUUGCUAUACCUGUACCCACCGGAGGUAAUGAACUAUUCGAUCCGAGCAAAUGGAAUGGCAUUAUCGGCAUUCUCAUUGAAUGCGCUCGCUCUCGUCUUUGUAUACAUCAUGCCAAUUGGACUUGCGAAUAUUGGCUGGAAGAUGUACAUGGUAAACGGAUCAUGGGACAUUAUCAUCUUGGUUUUGAUCGCCGUCUACUGGGUUGAAACAAAGGGCAAAACACUUGAGGAAAUUGACGCCAUCUUUGAAGGGGAGAAGCAUUCUUCAGUUCCAGAUGUCGAAUUACUCCGACAGGGCAAGGAACAUAUUGACGUUAGAGACGUGGAGCGCCAGAUUGUAGCGGAAGGGUUGGCGACGAAGGUUGAAUGA